AUGCACAUGCGCAACCUCGGCCAGUCGUCGCUGCGCGUCAGCGAGGCCUGCCUCGGCACGAUGACCUGGGGUGUCCAGAACGACCAGCGCGACGCCGACGCGCAGAUCGACCUCGCGCGCGAGCACGGCGUCAACUUCAUCGACACGGCGGAGAUGUACCCCGUGCCGACGUUCGCGGACGAGUGGCGCGCCGGCGCGACGGAGGAGAUUCUAGGCGACUACCUCGACCGGCACAAGGCGGCGCGGGACGAGCUCGUGAUUGCGACGAAGGUCACGGGCUACAUGCCGCGGAGCGCCGUCGCCGCCGCGCGGACGACGCCGCCGACGUCGCCGGCGCCCGACUGCCGCCUCGACGCCGCGUCGGUCAAAGCCGCGUGCGACGCGUCGCUGCGGCGGCUCAAGACGGACCGCGUCGACCUGCUCCAGCUCCACUGGCCGGACCGCUACGUGCCGCUCUUCGGCGACACGGUCUACCAGCACAAGAAACGCGACGACGAGGUGCCCAUCGAGGAGACCGCCGAAGCGCUGCGCGAUUUGGUGGACGCGGGCAAGAUCCGAGCGUUCGGGCUCAGCAACGAGACGCCCUUCGGGGUCGCGCGCUGGCACCAGGCCUGCGAGGCGCUGGGCACGUCGGACGGGCUCGCGAGCAUCCAGAACUCCUACUCGCUCGUCGACCGUCGCUUCGACGCGGACCUCGCGGAGGCCUGCGACCGCUGCGGCGGCAUCGGGUUGCUGCCCUGGAGCGUGCUCGGCGGCGGCCUGCUCAGCGGCAAGUACCGCGACGGCGGCGGCGCGUCGGCGACUUCGCGCUUCAUCAAAUACCCAAAGUACAUGGCGCGCUGGUGCCCGGACACGGCGAGCGCGGAGACGCUCGCCGCGUCCGAGGACUACUGCAGGCUCGCCGAGGAGGUCGGGACGACGCCGGCGGACCUGGCGAUCGCCUUCGUCCGCACGCGCCGCUUCCUCGACGCGGGCUCCGUCAUCGUCGGCGCCACGGACCUGGACCAGCUCGAGGCGAACCUCGCGCCCUUCGGCGAACCGGCGCGCCUCAACGACGAGGUCCUCGCCGCCAUCGACGCCAUCCACAUGCGGUCGAGGGACCCGAGCUGUCGCCUUUAA